AAUGUACGUUUGUGUUUAUACAGGAAUAUUUCCUAUCAAAGAUACCAGAGAAUUCAGAGAAGUUACCGGAAAAACUUUUUCAGGAACAUUUAUUGCUAAAUUCCAAGAUGUAACCAUAAAUACUUGUAAACACUUGUGUAGCAAUAUUGCUGAAUGCAAAUCUUUUGUCAGAAGUCCAAAUUAUUGCACUUUUUUUUCGGAUACGGAAGAAGAAUCUGCAAAAGAAUUGGUUAAUGGAACAGGCAGAUCGUAUUUUGAGUUAGAUCCAGAUAUAGAUCAAGCUGCUAUUUUGGAGUUUACCUACCUAAUGACUGAAAUCACCUUGACCUUCAUACCAUAA